CAUUGUAGUUGUGAUAUUGUCUACAUAAAGUAUUCCUUUCUUCCGUGUUGAUAUUGCUGGCUGUUGUUAGCGCGAUGUGUGCACUUUGGGACAGCAAUCAUUGGUUCUCUGUUCUCGGGUUCAAGAACGGAAGGUUUGAUGGCUAGGAAACUGGUCCAUCUUUAAAGUGGUAUGGGUCUACAUGGAACACUCCUGCUCAACAUAGCGACCUCUAUUGUUGCAGCGCAGCAGGGCGACUUAAUAGUUACAAGUCAAGUACGCCUGUUUCAAUUUUCAUACACCGGAAAUUACGACAUCAGCAGAGUUUAUUUGCGGUGUGAGAAGCAAAGCCCGUAGGAACCUAUCAUCAAUAGUUUUCACGUCUUUAAUCAUGAAAAGGACAGCGAACGUGGCCGUGUCGUUAUCUGGAGAUGAUGUGGUCUCAAAAAAAGAGUCAUCAACACUUGUAGUGUUGGAAAGAUCAAAGUCUAAUGGUAAACUCAAGCUGCUCAAAUUUUUUCCACCUGCAAAGCGAUGGACAGCUGAAUAUGAGACUAUAACUUUGCGUACGCCUAAAAUAAAUCUUAUUCUGACAGUCAAUGAUUUUGAAUGUAACGACGCUGGAAGAUAUGACUGCGUAACGGCCAAUGUGAACGAGACAGACUUGCGUGUAUGGGCUAGCGAAGAGUUGACUUCUGAAGCUGAAACAUUUAUGAGCCUGAGUUUAGCACCGUACAAUAAAAGUGACAAUAAUACUGACCAGUUGUCAUCAACAGUUGAAGUUGGUAUAAAUAUUACAUUGACCUGUGAUGUUACAGCAGCCCCAAAUCGAAAAAUUGCUUGGACAUUAAAAAAAUUUGAAGAGGAUGACGAUGAUGAAGUCGAUGUCGAGGAUGGUGUUACAUUUUACCCAGGAAAUAAAUGGCUUAGUGUUACUGGCUGCAUCACCGUGUCUUACACCUCUGAGCUCCACCAAAAAGUGCAGGCAGACGACAAUGGAACCACCUAUUACUGUAACGUAAUGAACGCCGAUGGCGAGAUAGGAUCUCAAAAAGAAGUCACUAUUUGGCUUAAAGAUCUGCCGAGCCACAACAAUGGAAAGGUCUCAAGGACUGACCUAUAUGUCCAGUUAAAUGUAGCCAUGCUUCUCCCAAUUUACAUCUUUAAAACAUUUGUCAUUCACUAAGUAUGUAAGUAAAAGUAAAGUUCCACAUUCAGACCUUGUGAAGUAUAAGGGCGAUGAUGUAAAGGUCAUCUGUUUCUGUGGCCUACGGGGGGUGUCAUGUGGCCAGCACAACGACCAACCGCCUCUACUUUUCCCCAACUAAUGUCAGUUAGUCAUUUGAAACACUAAAAGAAGACAUGUCUUGAUCCUAAUUGAACAAGAAUGACAAAACAUUUCACAGUACACACACACACAAGCUGACCUGGACACCAAGACAUUUUGACACACUAUAACGGAUCAGUUCACAACACACAACAAGAAACAUAAAAUACAUAACAUCAUUAGAGUUGGGUCUUCACCAGGAUACGAACCCGGGACCCUGGUUCAGAAGCCAAGCGCUUUACCGCUCAGCCAUCGCGUCCCAAGUAUGUAAAAAUGUUAUAAAAAUAGUUGUUAGUGAGGGUUAGACAUUCUGGGCAGCCCUGGUCACUUCACCUUUGACCCAAAAUGAUUUCAGAGAGUCCGUGAAUAAAAAAGCUAAAAAUUAAAAAAUGGAAAUUUCCCAUUUUUCGGGGAUCCUUCAAUGAGAAGUACUUUUAUUUCAUUAUUUCAACAGAUGACUUAAGACAUCAUCUGCCUUAUAAACCAAAAGAUCUGAAAGGAGAACUUUACUUUUUUUUUUCUCCCCACUUCAGCAGUAUGUUCUUAUUCAUGUUUUGCAUUCAUAAAAUUCAAUCAGUAUCUUCGCAUAGAGUUUCAUGUCAAACAUUUAUAUUUAGAUACACCCUUUUCUCCAAAGUGCAAUUUUUGUUUCCGGAUAUGAUAAAUUGUAUAAACAAUAAAUGUUGCAAUUGAUAACAACAUAGUGUCAAAUAUUUUAAUAAAGUUGCCAGUUGAGACUGGUGUGGUGUC